AUGUCUUUCACCAAGAACUCCAUCUUCAACCUCUCAAAGUCUUUUCCUCAGUCACCUUCUCUCCCUCUCCGGCGUAAAGUCUCUCGGGUCUUCUUCACUUCUGCCUCCAAAUCCUCUGAGGGAAGAAAUGCAGCAGAUGAUGAUGAUGAUUACGUCGGUGAUGCAAAGGAUAAAGCAUCGGAGAUGGCCGGAAAAGCAAAGGAAACCAUGAAAGAAAGCAAGGAGAAGUCGAAAGUGAGGGCCCAAGAAAUGAAGGAAAAAACAAAAGAACACGGAGAGAAAACGGCAGAGAAGGCCAAAGAAGGGAUGAGCAGAGCGGCCGAAACGGCGCAGAGUGCGAAAGAGAAAGCCGAAGGGAUGAAGGAGAAGACCAAGGACGCGGCGGGGACUAUGGCGAAGAAGGCGAAAGAGGGCACCGUCGACACGGUGCAAUACACAAAGGAGAAGGCGAAAGAGUAUGCACAUGGCGCUAAGGAGAAGACGAAGGACGCAGCGGGGACGGUGGCCGAUAAGACGAAGGAAGGGGAGAGCAUGGCGGCGGAUGCGGUGGAGUUUAUAGGGGAGAAGGCGAAGCAGACGGUGCAGGGCAUUUUUGGGGUAGCAAUUAGCGAAGGAGACGACUCAGAAGAUCAAGAGAAUGUGGUGGGUGGUAAGUCCGAGGAAGACAAGGAUUUGGAUGAUUAUAUAGAAGAUCAUGUGAAGAGGAGUGAGAAAGAGAAUGGUGGUGGUGGUAAGACUAUGGAUGAGGAUGUGAUGGAUUUGAGGCGGCGUGGUGGGGAACACGGUGAGAAGAAACAUUGA